AUGCUCAUUUCGUCGUCUUCUAUCUCUGCCUCAAUGACUUCUCCCUUUCCCCUCCUCCGUCUUCCCGGAGUGGUCCUGUGUGAGAUAUUCAAAUCAUUGAAUAUCGGAGAAAAAAUCCAACUCUCCCUCUGCUCCAAGAAAGUCUCUAUUCAAAUCAAUAAUGCUCGUAUGUACUCUCAAAAAGUUAUAGUCAAUCUGGACUGCUCAUGCCACGAAAUCAAAGUUUACUCUGAAAACUACAAAGAUUCAUUUGAAAUCUUCGCUCAUUUCAACUACGGAAUAUGCGAUCCGAACAGUAUCAAAGUUGAAGGGCGUACUGUGUCUGUGAUCUCCGUCCACCAUGGAAUCAAAACAUUCUGGAGGAAUCAUCAAGAAGGAUUUAUAUCUGUUAUUCGACAUCUCUUGAAGAUAUUUCGAUGCAAAUUUUCAAUUAAUAAUAACUAUUGUAAUGAUUCAUAUGAAAAAACAAUUUCUGAGUUGUUUGAUCUGCAAGAGGAAUUCAAGACGCUCACUAUUAACUUUGAAAGAGCAGAAGAUCAACACUUCUGGAACCAAAUAUCCAAUAAACUUGGAAUGGUCGAGAAUCUAAUCAUCUCGUCUACUUUUGAUUCUGAUAUCAUACCAGCUUUCACUUCAUGGCCUCAGAAGAUUACUAUCAUGAAUUCCAAUUGGGUCACUCUACAAACUCUGUUGUCCUGUCCAUGUUCUUCCAUUAAUAUACAGAAGUCUCGCCUGGAAAACAAGGAUUUGGACGAGAUACUCAAGAAUUGGAAGAGUGGAGGGUUUCCAAAUCUAGAGCGUCUAGAGAUCCAGAGUCGAAAUAUUACAAGUUUUUUAGCGACGAUUUUGGGAAUGAAUUUGGAGGACUUACAUGGGAAGGUUAUCCAGACUGAUGAUGGAUCAAAGAAGGCAAUUAUCAGAAGUAGGGGCCAAUGUAUUGUAAUAAAAGAUCGACAGGAGUAUAUCCUAGCGAUAGUCCUCGAGGUGACAGCUGUGUGGGAAUGUCAAAGUGUGGCAUUGGUCCGACCACAAGUUGUUCAAACUAGGAUUCUUCGAGAAAUUUCUGGCACCACCUUUGAAGUUGAAGCAUGA